AUGGGCUUCCUCGGCGUCUACAGAGCCAUAUAUGACUACGCUCCUCAGUCCGAGGGAGAGCUGCAAAUCACCGAGGGCGACUUGCUUUACCUCCUCGAACAGAGCUCCGAGGAUGAUUGGUGGAAGGUCAAGAAGAAGGCCAGCGCCGAGGACGAGGAAGAGCCCGUCGGCCUGGUCCCGAGCAAUUAUAUCGAGCAGGUACCAUCUAUCGACAGCGCCCGUGCCCUGUACGAGUAUACGAGACAGACCGAUGAGGAGCUUUCCUUCACAGAAGAUGCCGUGCUCGAGGUUUUCGACACAUCAGACCCGGACUGGAUUCUAGUCGGCUUCAAUGGUGACUAUGGCUUCGUCCCAGCCAACUACAUAGAUAUGACUGAGGGCGCCGGCAACGAGCAACCAUCGCCUGGCCCCGAAGCAGAACCAGAGCCAGAACCUGCUCCUCCGAGCCUGCCCACGAGACCUCCCGCCCCUCCAGCACCUGAUGUUGAAGACGAGCCCAGCCCACCCCUUCCAGCGAGGAGUCUUCCUCCAGAGCCGAGCAGCCCCCCUGCUGCCAACCCGGCUGCAGCCCUAGCGAAUGUCAUGGGUGGCAGAGCUUCCGAGCCGCCCGCCGUCCCUCGCGAGACCCCUCCGCCCCCGGCGCUCAAUAUACAACCACCCACGAGGCAGGUUGAACAAUAUGAGGACGAGAUAUCCCCGCCCCUGCCGGCCCGGACCCGAACCUCGACGAUUCAGUCCGCCAUGUCCAAUGAUCGCACUGAUAGCCUGUCACCACCAGCGAGGCAGUCUACAUACCGUGACCCCUUUCCACAGUACGAGCAGCAAAGGCCACAGUCUUCGGCUACGAGAAGCGAGUACGAACCGCGGUCUCAGGAUCUGUCACCUGGUGGUUUUCACAUGUACAAUAUAAAUGAGAUGAUAUCUAUCAUGGGCAAGAAGAAAAAGAUGCCGACGACGCUGGGUAUUAACCUUAAGACGGGGAUUAUCCUGAUAGCUCCGGAGCAUGCACAAGAUGGACCAUCGCUCGAGUGGACUGGAGAUAGGAUGACGCAUUAUUCUCGGGAAGGCAAGCACGUGUUCAUUGAACUUGUGCGACCUAGCAAGAGUGUGGACUUCCAUGCUGGCGCAAAAGAUACCGCCGAGGAAAUCGUUGCUGCUUUAGGAGAGCUGGCUGGGGCUAUCCGUGCUGAGGGCCUGCGAGAGGUCAUCAUGGCUGGUACGGGCAGGGAGCAAAAGAAGGGCAAAAUGCUUUACGACUUCAUGGCCCAGGGCGAGGACGAAGUCACGGUCGCCGACGGCGACGAGGUCAUCAUACUCGACGACAUGAAGAGCGAGGACUGGUGGCAGGUCCGAAGAGUCAAGAACGGCAAGGAAGGCGUCGUACCGAGCAGCUAUGUGGAAAUCACAGGCACCGUGCCGGCCCAGCCGGCCUCUAUGACGGGCAUCAACGCGGGUCGGUCUACCGUUGCCCAAAACCGACUCGAGGAGGAGCGCCUGACCAAGGAAGCCGUCAAGGCAGCUCGAAAAGAGGAAGGAAAACGUGCAUCUGAGCGGAAGCGCGAGAACGGCCACAGUGGUAGCUCCUCGCGAUCCAGUAACAAGUCUAAACCCGACCCAUCCAAGGUGCGAACGUGGACCGAUAGGUCCAAGUCCUUCAGCGUCGACGCCCAGUUCCUGGGCUUGAAAGACGGAAAGCUCAAUCUCCACAAAGUAAACGGCGUCAAGAUUGCGGUACCCGUGGCGAAGAUGUCGAUCGAGGAUCUUGAGUACGUCGAGCGAGUAACUGGCAUCUCGCUAGACGAAGACAAGCCCCUGUCAGAGGUCAAGAGGGCCAGGACUCAACGACAAAAUGCUUCAGGGGUUGGCGCUAGCAUCGAGCAACCGAAGAAGCCUGAGUAUGAUUGGUUCCAGUUCUUCCUUGACUGUGAGAUUCAACCUGGGCUCUGCGAAAGGUACUCUCAGGCAUUCAACAGGGAUAACAUGGACCAGUCCGUUCUUCCGGAUGUCGACGCUUCUGUCCUGCGGACACUAGGUCUGCGGGAAGGUGACAUUAUUAAGGUCAUGCGUUAUCUGGAUAAUAAAUACGGACGGAAGAAGAAGGGUGACGAGGUCCAGGGUGAAGGCGGUCUCUUCUCUGGGCCUGGUGGCGCAUUGAAGAACAACAGUGGCAGAGCCCGCCCUGAAGCCAACAGGUCAGCUAGUGAUGUUGUCGAUGGGAAGGCUCUUGGCGGAAGCGAAGCUUCAUCCCCCGCAGUACUCACCCCAGCUACAACUACAUCUGCAGUGUCAACAGGGAAGGCGAGCGGCUUUGAUGAUGACGCCUGGGAUGUCAAGCCAGUGAAGUCCCAACCAACGGCACAGGCAACGCCUCAGGCCGAUGCAGCGCAACCGGCAUCGGCACCGGCGCCUGCUCAACCUGAACCUAUCAAGCCGGCCCUGACACCAGGAAUGCAGGAGCUCUCACUUCUGACGGAGCCUUUACAGCCAGCGAAGACCGCUACUCCUGUUCAGACAUCGCCGAUGAUUACGCAGCCGCCGCCGAUAGCCCCCGUCCCUACCCAGGUACCACAGCCUACAGGAGCCACACCGGGCUUUUUCUCUGGUUUGGCAGGACAGCCAACCGGGCUACCCAAUGGCCAGCAACAGCAGACCACUCCGCUCUCACAGCAGCUGUCUCUCGCAAGAUCACGGCCGACUCCCCCGACUGGUGUUCAGGGGCAGGCUGGGAUGAUACCUCCGCCUCCCGCGCGACCUUUCUCUGCUCCUCAGUCGGCACAGCCUAGCCAAUUCAACCCUCCUCCAAUGGCACCACAGGUGACUGGGCAGGUCGCUCCUCCAGGACAAAGCUUGCAGGAGAUCAACCAGCAGCGAAUGCAGCAACAGUAUAUGCAGCAAAUGCAGGCCCAGAUGACCGGCUUUCCUCAGCAACAACAGCAGCCUGGCAUGUACCCUAUGCAGACCGGCAUGCAACCGCAGCAAACAGGCUUUGGUCAGAACCAAUUCAUGCAACAGCAGCCUAUGAUGACGGGGCAGCAGAUGGGCCAAAGUCCCUUCGCGGACCCAAGGGCAUCACAACAAUUCGCGGGCAUGCAAGCCCAACCAACUGGCUUCCAAGGGCAGUUUGGUCAACCUGGCCAGCAGCAAUUCGGUGCUAACCCAGCGGGUGGUAUCAACUCGUACCUACCUCCUGCCAUGGAGCCCCAGAGGACAGGAAUGCCGCCUCAGAUGCAGCCCAUGCAGCCUCAGCCUACAGGAAUGAGCUUCACGCAAGGCUUCGGAAACCACGGCAUGCAACAAAACGGUCCGACAGUGCAGCCUCCUGCGGCUCCGUUGAUGCCGCAGCAAACGGGACCAGCGCCACCAGUCCGAUUUGGUGUCGAUCCUGCGGCUAAGAAGAUGAUGCCGCAGCCAACGGGUCGUCGUGCGAAUCUAUCUGCUGCCACGCCCGACAACCCAUUCGGUUUCUAG